AUGAUCGAAAACACCGUCCAGGUUGCUCACACAGCUUAUGCAGUUACAGCCGUAGUAUUCUUGUUGGCAUGUACCAGAUUUUUGUUAAGACGACUCAAAAAUGAGAGAAUCUCCCCUGAUGACUGGCUCAUGGUAGUCGCUCUUGUCUUUCUAGCAGGGAAUACUUCUGCAUACCCUGUUCUUCUCUCUACUGGAGAAGGACCGCAUGCUAUCGGGAGUGUUGAAACAGUCGCAGAAAAGGAAUUUGAUUCGAAAUACAUAUUGUUCGGUCGUAUUUGCUAUCUAACUUAUAUCUGGCUCUUGAAAGCUUGCAUCUUGACCUACUAUUACCGCUUGACAACUAGGCAGCCAGAGCAGAAAUAUGUCAAAAUCACUUCCUGGGGUAUUUGUCUCACCUGGACAACUACUAUAUUGAUAUGGGCUCUUCAAUGUCGUCCAUUCGACUUGAAUUGGAAGGUCACAGUUCCUCCGCAGAAGUGUGCAACGGGACAAGUUGGGCUACUGUUCAUGACAAUUGCAAUCAUUGUAACGAACAUCAUCUUAAUCAUCAUCCCUUUGCCAAUGAUCUGGCGAACGCAAAUGGCCAUAUUCACGAAGUUCAAGGUGUCCGGGGUCUUCCUCGUUGGAAUUUUUCUUGUUGUCAUAUCUAUUUUACGAUUCAUCAUGCAGGAAGGUGGAUCUAAUACACCAGACGACAGGUUCUUCUGGGGCGAAUUGGAAUGUCUUGCCAUGGCGUUCUUUGCCAACGCUCCCGUACUCAAUGCUCUCUAUCGCCGUUAUAAGAAUGGCGUUGGAUCAAACCACCUCGCCUCUAGAUCUCGAACUAGAACCGCCAGGAAUACAGGGAAUGUCGAAUUAUGUACAAAUGAUGAUUCGAGGGAGAUUGAUUUUGUGGAAGCACUUCGAGGUGGACCUGAGCCUAUCAAACAGCCAGACCACGUUUUUAUGGGUCAACCAUUACCCCCUGUCAGAAUUGCAUCUUCACCCCCACUUCGUAGCGAGUCCAAACGCAAAGCCUCUCCCAACGUCAACACUCUCCUCUCCGUUUCAAGAUCAAGAGGAGGAAAUCGCGAUUCGCUCCACUGCAUACAAACUGUCGAAGUCGUUCAAACGUCCGAGCCUGCCGAUCCCAGAGAUCCCAUGAUGACCAACCCAUUGGGGGGCGUCGGACGAGUUGAAACUCAGAUUACUCAUCAUGACAGCUCGCCGUUACCCAGCAAUCCCGAUCUCUAUACUGAGAUGUAUGCUUCUGGUCAUAGAUCUAUGACCCUGGAAGAUAUGUUGGCUGAUCGUGAUGGGCCUAGUCGUCGACGUUGA